AUGCUGGUGGUUAAGUACAAGGACAAGAAGAGGGAAUUCCUUGUACUGACCACCAUUUACAGUAACGCCAGCUCCCCUGCCGCUGUACGAGAAAUCAAUGAAACUGUCAUUUGUACAAAGGACUUAAUCGAGGUGGAGAUUCCAAGGAGAUUUUUCUUGACUAAGAACCCUCCAAUACAUAUUUCUGAACUGCACCUGAAUGACCCAGACUGUCGUGGACGAGAAGAUGAUGAUUUCUAUAUAUUCAGCAUCCAGAAGAAUUUCACAGACUGUGGGACUAUAGUGGUCGCAGAUGACUCCCACAUUGUAUUCAUCAACACCAUACACAGCAAUACCUCUGAUGUGGUUACAAGGUCUUACAUCAAUAUUACUUUUGCCUGUCGCUACCCUAUUAAUUACAUGGUGCAGCAGCCAAAUGGGGAGAGCAGGAUCAGUGUUGAUAUUAGAACCAUAACUUUAAGCACAGAAGAUGGAAACUUUUCUGUCUCCAUGAUGCUAUACAAGGAUGAAGAAUUUCAGAACAUGUGGACCACAGUCCCAUCAUUGAAACUUGAUGACAACAUAUUUGUCAGAGUUUAUAUGAUUCCUGGACAUUUAAUAAUAAGAUUGGAGAAAUGUUGGGCCACUCCGACAAAUGACCCUUCUCAUCCUGUGCAGUACACAUUUAUCCAGGACAGCUGUUCUCAUGUGUUUCUGGAUGAGACCUUAUCAAUAAUCAUGAAUGGAAUGAGCGCAGAGGCCAUGUUCAGGAUUCAGAUGUUCAAGUUUGUGGGUCUGGCCUAUAACAACGUCUUCCUGCAUUGCAGUGUGCAGAUAUGCCACAACACCGAAUCCAUCUGCAAGCCGAACUGUACUAACCACAGAAGAGCUGCCCGCGAGAGGAGAGACCUGCCAGCUUCUCAUACUGUGACCUAUGGGCCAAUAAGACUGAAGGUAUCAGACGACCUGGCCGCCGAUUCAGCUCGUGGGAAACUCAUUCCAGUCGAGACAAUGAUCCUUGUCUGCACUCUGACAGUGGUUCUAGUCAUUAUCGGUGUAUUCGGCAAGCUCAUACUGAAUUCUCGGAGAUCGUAUCCUGCCAUGGAAGCCCAAUUAACACUUGCCAAUAUCCACCACUCAUCAUCAUGAUCGAAAUCUAUGUAUGCAUAUGUAUAUACACUCUUUGACAAAAAAAUAACACACCAAGAUGGAGUUGUUGGAAUCAAAUGUAACUUUCUAUGUGUGAAUGUAAUGAUGAUAUAUGUAA